CUGUAAACCGUACCCCUUUCGAUUCUCCUCAGGUUUGCAGUUUGCAGCACUGACUGUGUUCCACAAACACGAACCCGGAGGGAGAUUUUCUACAAAAAAUAUACGCGAAAUUUUCUAAGGGUGCUUGCCGCCAAAAAUAAAUGAAGUCUUGGUAUACCCAUCGAAUGCCACCACAGCUUAGUUAUUUAGUUGAUGAGAAUUGAACAAGACAAUGGCAGACCCUCCUGCUUGUGAUGUCUCCGUGGCUUCCACGGAUUCGAUCUGCCCCAUUUGCUAUGAGGAGUAUUCUGCCACAAGGAAAACAGGGUCCAGCGUGGAUGGGAAGUGUGGCAUGGAAAUUGUGGCCGCCGUGAUGACAAAGAGAGACGACACGCAUGUAACCAAGAGGAGCGAUAAAAGGUCCUUUCGAAGACGCCGCGUUCAAGUGGAAGAAUGUGGUCAUGCCUUUUGCUAUGAGUGCCUCGCGCAGCACUGUAAGCUUUCCGUGAAGAACCGAGACGUUCCAGUGCCUUGUCCUCAUGGUAUCGGAACAGCUUCACCCUGCCUUGACUACGAUGGUCGCCAUUGCUUGGCCUCUGAAGUGGUAAAGAGUAUUCUCACGGCAAAUCCAGAUUUUCCUGCCGAUGAUGAUCACGAGGACGUUGAAGAUGCUAUCAAGAACAUGGGAAGAAUUGAACCACUCAUCAAGUUUGAUGGCAGCCAUCAGCAAGAUGACCCGUUCCAAGAAAUCCAACUGAACAAAACUUUUUCCACCGAAAAAAUGUCGUCAUCGUCCUCUUGUUCAUCAUCAUCGGCAUCGUCGGGAUUUGUCUCCUUAUCGUCGCUGCCAGAAUAUUGGAACAAAUACUUGAAAAUCCAAAGACUCCAAGAAAAUCCUACUCUCUUGACAUGUCCCCAAUGUGACGAAUUGGUCACUCCACCCACUUUACAAGAAGGAGAAGGACUAGGAACAACUUUCAAGGAGAACGGUGAGAACUGUAGCCACGCUGAUAACGACAUUUCAUUUGAAGACUUGGAGAAUCCAGUGCAACCAAAUGACAAUGAUUUGAGUGAUCAGGAGGGAACAUCCAGCAGUCUUGAAAGUGACAAUAAGAACAUCAAUCCAUCCAGCAAUACCACUUUGGUGUAUCCUCAAGUUGCCUGUCCUUCUUGUCGGCACGCCUUUUGUGCCAUUCAUGGAGAUUUGCAUGCAGGUAUGACCUGUGAAGAGUUUAGAGGUACUGACCAGUUCCUAGACUUGGAAGAAUCAGAAGCUGCCAUUCAAAUGAUGUCCAAGCGCUGCAGUCACUGUGAGGCACCCAUAAUGAAAAUCUCUGGAUGCGAUCACAUUGUCUGUGCAAACUGUCACCAAGACAUGUGCUGGAAGUGCCAAACCCACGUACAUCUCACCGGAAAAGUCAUUCGAUCCUGUGCCAAUUGCAAGCAAGGAUUCGUAGACCAUCGAUACUAUGCUGAGUAUCGGCUUCGGUUGCUGCUUAUUCUGCCAUUUCACUUGCUGCUCAGUGCCAUUUACAUGGCGUUGGUGCUCGUAGUGGCAGUUCUUACAUUUGGGUUUGGAUGUUUCUUUUGCUGUGGGACACGGCUUGAUCCAGAAACAACAACAACAACAUCCCCGCCACCGCCAUCUGGACAGCGACCGAAACUCCAACCUGGAAAAGGAAUCUGCAUGGCUGCUAGAAUCUUUUGCUUGCCAAUGGCGGAAUUGAUGCGUGACUGUGGCCUUCUUCAAGAUAACCAUGACGACGUCCGAUCAUGAGGGUCUCCAGGUCCAAGAGCUCAAUGAAUAUAAUGCAGCUAAGUACAGGGAACUUUAAAACUUAUGAAUGAGGUUACAUUUCUUCUAUACGACAAUGUACGGCCAUGGCUGGCUGCCUUCCCAGCUGAUAGCGAACAAAACUCUCCGAUGUUGUCUUUCCUUUCCAGACACACAUUAUUCUUUGCAUCCAUCCGCGCGCGCAACCCUGAGAUCCUUCUUUGUGGCAUUUGUUUGUAUUCAUUCAGCCACGACAAUGUACGGCUACGGCUGGCUGCCUUCCCAGCUGACAGCGAACAAAACUCUCCGAUGUU